AUGUCGACCCAAGCAUCCGACAAGCCCAAGCUCGGGCUUCACGCUGCCGACGUCGUCGACUACAGCGAAGCCGCACGCUCUCUCAUCGGCUACAAGGACACGCUUCGUCAGCCUUACCCUCCCAUCGAACCGUUCGAGACCGGUCGUCUGGCCGUCGAUGAUCGUCACAUCAUCUUCUACGAAUGGAGCGGCAACCCCGACGGAUAUCCCAUUGUCUGCUUGCACGGUGGACCUGGUGGAGGAAUUUGGUCUGAAGAGCGACGCUGGUUUGAUCCCUCGCACUACCGCAUCCUCUGCUUCGAUCAACGCGGAGCUGGACAGUCUACACCCCAUGCCGAUCUAGUCGACAACACUACAUGGCAUCUCGUCUCGGACAUUGAAAAGCUUCGCGAGAAAUUCUCCAUCACCAAAUGGCACGUUUUCGGUGGUUCUUGGGGAUCCACUCUCUCCCUUGCCUACGCUCAAACCCAUCCCGAUCGGGUGAGCGCCCUCAUCCUUCGCGGAAUCUUCACCCUCCGCCACUCCGAACUGCAAUUCUUCUACCAAAACGGUGCCUCGCACAUCUUCCCCGAACAGUGGGACAUCUACCGAGACGGUAUCCCCGAAUCCGAACGUCAUGACUUCAUCACCGCCUACCACAAACGUCUCACCUCGGACGAUCCUUCCGUCCGUCUCGACGCAGCACGUCGUUGGAGCACCUGGGAAAACUCCACCUCGAAACUCUACGUAGACGCCAACAGCCUGGCAAAGGGCGAAGACGACGAUUGGUCCCUCGCCUUUGCCAGGAUCGAAAACCACUACUUCAUCAACAAAGGCUGGAUGCAAGACGGUCAGCUCCUGAUGAAGGAAAACAUCGACAAGAUCAGACAUAUCCCGGCGGCGAUUGUUCAGGGAAGAGUCGACUUUGUCUGCCCUGCAACGACUGCUUGGGAGCUUCACAAGGUCUGGCCAGAGGCAGAGUUCUUCAUGGUCCCCGAUGCGGGUCACUCGGCAAAAGAGCCAGGUCUCACAGAUAAAUUGGUCCAGACCACAGACAAGUUCCGCUCGAUCAAGUAG